CGUGUUUACCAAAAGUCGACUGUUUUCCGCCCUGCACUGUGUUGGCAGUGGUGUCGGGCUAGUUGCGUACGUACUUUCGAUGACAGUUUGACCGAGUUUCCGCCUGCUUGGUCCUCGGAAGCCUUUUAGCCUUACUGGACUUUGUCGCCAGCCGAAACUUUGGAGAGGGAAGCAGUUGUCAUCCACGGGAAAUCAUGCCAGAGACGGAACUAACUACGGGACCCGAGGAGAAAUCGGAGCUUGUUUUCUUCGUCAAUGGCAGGAAGGUUGUGGACCAGGAUGCUGACCCAGAGAUGACCCUAUUGACCUACCUCAGGACGAAAUUACGCCUGACAGGAGCGAAACUGGGCUGUGGGGAGGGAGGCUGUGGAGCCUGUACUGUCAUGGUGUCCAGGUACAGCCAGGCACAGGGGAAAGUGCUCCACCUUGCCGUGAACGCCUGCCUCGCUCCCAUCUGUUCCCUACACGGUGCAGCUGUCACCACAGUGGAGGGGAUCGGCAGCACCAGGACCAGACUGCACCCUGUACAGGAGAGACUAGCGAAGGCCCACGGGUCCCAGUGUGGGUUCUGCACCCCGGGGAUCGUCAUGUCCAUGUACACCUUACUGCGCAACCACCCCUGCCCAGACAUGGACCAGUUGGAGGCAGCCUUUCAGGGUAACCUGUGCAGGUGUACUGGCUACAGACCUAUUCUGGAGGGAUACAAGACUUUCACCAAGGAGUUCCAGGGCUGCUGUGGAGGGAUGGCUGGGAACGGCUGCUGCCGUAACAUUCAAAAUGGGCAGGCAGCCAAUGGGCACGCAGAGAAUGGGCAGGCAGCCAAUGGGCACGCAGAGAAUGGGCAGGGAGCCAAUGGACAUGUGGCCAAUGGAGACACAGUCAAUGGACAGCCCAAUGGAAAUGCUGGGAAUGGAUGGACUGAGGAUGUCUCCACUGAGUUGUUCCAGGUGUCAGAGUUCAGGCCCCUUGACCCCACCCAGGAGCCAAUCUUCCCACCCGAGCUGAUGAAAUCUGCGGGUGGUGAUCAAACAACUCUGAAGUUUGUCGGGGAGCGAGUCACUUGGAUCAAACCUGCGACUUUCAAGGAGGUUCUGGAACUGAAGACAAAGUUUCCACAGGCCAAGCUGGUGGUCGGGAACUCAGAAGUUGGUGUUGAGGUGAAGUUUAAGAACUGUGAAUACCCCCUGAUCAUCGCACCUGGACACCUGCCUGAGAUCAACUUCCACAGGUACACCGAACACGGCAUCACAUUCGGAGCCGGAUGCACACUUACCUACCUCAAUGACACCCUGACAGAGGCCAUAGCUGAUCUUCCAGAACAUCAGACCAGACUGUUUGCUGCCAUAGUGGAGAUGCUGAGGUGGUUUGCCGGCCACCAGAUCAGGAAUGUCGGGUGCAUCGGAGGGAACAUUGUGACGGCCAGCCCCAUCUCUGACCUGAACCCCAUCUUCCUAUCAGCCGGCUGCACCGUGACGGUGGCGUCCCACCAGGGAGGCAGCCGAGUGGUCAGGAUGGACCACGACUUCUUCCCCGGCUACAGGAGGACCGCUGUUGCUCCUGAGGAGGUCAUGGUGUCUCUGGACGUUCCUUUCACCAAGGAGAAUGAGUACUUCCUGGCGUACAAGCAGGCCCGGAGGAGGGACGAUGACAUCGCCAUCGUGAACGCCGCCUUCCGUGUCCGGUUUGAGGAGGGGACAAAUGUUAUCCGUGACAUCGGGCUGUCCUUCGGAGGAAUGGCUCCCACCACCGUCAUGGCUCGCAACACAGCCAACAGGCUCACAGGACUGAAGUGGGACAACGAUCUUCUCCCCGAGGCCUGCUCGAGUCUGGAAGACGACCUGCCGCUGCCCCCGUCUGUCCCCGGAGGAAUGGCCGAGUUCCGCCGAACCCUCACCACCAGCUUCUUCUUCAAGUUCUUCCUGUCUGUACAGCAGAGGCUAAACAUCAAGGAUGUCCCCCCGCCCUACAGGAGUGCCUGCAGCCUGUACCACAGAGAGUCCCCACACGGAUCACAGAUGUACCAGGAGGUUCCUGAAGGUCAGGGGAGGGAGGAUGCUGUCGGACGUCCCAUCAUGCACCUGUCAGCGCUGAAGCAGGUGACAGGAGAGGCCGUGUACACAGACGACAUGCCGCCCUUACAGGGUGAGCUCUAUGUUGGACUGGUGCUAAGCAAAAAGGCUCAUGCCAAAAUUCUCUCCAUUGACCCGAGUGCGGCCCUACAGAUGCCAGGUGUGGAGAUGUUUGUUGGUGCUGAGGACGUUCCCGGAUCCAACAUCACCGGCCCCGCGGUCAUGGACGAAGAGGUGUUCGCAUCUGAGAAGGUGACCUGUGUUGGGCAGGUGGUAGGUGCCGUGCUGGCAGACACACAGGCACAUGCGCAACGGGCAGCUAAAUCAGUGGCCGUGCAGUAUGAGGACCUGGAACCCAAAAUCAUCACCAUUGAGGAUGCAAUUCUGCACCAGUCGUUCUUCCAUCCCAUCAACAAGAUAGAGAAGGGCAAUCUGCAGGAGGCUUUUGAGAAGGCUGACCAGAUCAUUGAGGGGGAGUUGAGGAUCGGAGGCCAGGAGCACUUCUACCUGGAGACAUGCGCCGCGAUCGUGGUUCCUCAUGGGGAGGACGGGGAGAUGGAGAUAUACUGUUCCACACAGAACCCCGCUAAGACACAGAUGCUGGCAGCCAAGGCUCUGGGUGUCCCUGCAAACAGGGUGGUCUGCCGGGUGAAGAGGAUGGGUGGAGGGUUUGGAGGGAAGGAGACACGAACAUGUGUUGUCAGUUCAGUCUGUGCUGUGGCAGCUCACAAGGCUCAGCGGCCAGUGAGGAUCAUGUUGGACAGAGAUGAGGAUAUGAUGAUGAUAGGAACAAGGCAUCCUUUCCUGAGUAGAUACAAGGUUGGGUUCAUGAAUGACGGGAGAGUUGUGGCACUGGACAUCAGUCUGUACAAUAAUGCAGGGAACUCUCUGGACCUGUCUCGUGGGGUUAUGGAUCGAGCCCUAUUCCACUCCGACGGCGGUUACACCAUUCCCAAUGUCCGUGCUGUCGGCUACGUCUGUAAGACCAACACCGUGUCCAACACGGCCUUCCGAGGAUUCGGCGGUCCCCAGGGGCUUUUCUUUGCAGAGGGUUGGAUUUCUGAUGUGGCUAUCAAGUGUGGCAUCUCUCAACUCAAGGUGCGAGAACUGAACAUGAACAGGGAGGGAGACCUGACUCACUACAACAUGAAGCUGGAGCGGUGCCAGAUGGAGCGUUGCUGGCAGGAGUGUGUGAAGAAGAGCGACUUCCAUACCAGGCGCAGACAGGUCAAUAGGUUCAAUGGGGAGAACAGGUGGAAGAAGCGUGGGCUGGCGGCCGUCCCAACCAAGUUUGGGAUCUCCUUCACUGCAACAUUCCUCAACCAGGCCGGUGCCCUGGUGCACGUGUACACGGACGGGUCCGUGCUGCUGACCCACGGUGGAACAGAGAUGGGGCAGGGUCUGCACACCAAGAUGGUGCAGGUGGCCAGCAGGGUGCUGAGGAUCCCCACCUCCAAAAUCCACAUCAGCGAGACCAGCACCAACACCGUACCAAACACAUCCCCAACUGCUGCCAGUGCCAGCUCAGAUCUCAACGGGAUGGCAGUCAAGCUUGCCUGUGAGACCAUCCUGCAGCGACUGGAGCCGUACAUGGGGAAAGGCUCCUGGGAGGACUGGGUGCGGGCGGCGUACUUCGACAGAGUCGGUCUGUCAGCCACUGGCUUCUACAGGACCCCAGGACUAGAUUACGACAUGCAGAAGAACGAAGGAAGACCCUUUAACUACUUCUGCUACGGAGCAGCCGUGUCAGAGGUCGAGAUUGACUGCCUCACAGGAGACCACACGGUUCUACGUACAGACAUUGUGAUGGACGUGGGAGACAGCCUGAACCCUGCUAUAGACAUUGGACAGAUUGAGGGAGCGUUUGUGCAGGGCUACGGCCUGUUCACCAUGGAGGAGCAGGUCUACUCGCCUGAUGGGGUGCUGUACUCACGAGGACCCGGCAUGUACAAGAUUCCCGGCUUUGCCGACAUCCCCGUCCAACUCAACGUGUCCCUGCUGAGAGGCGCGCCCAACGACAAGGCAAUCUUCUCAUCCAAGGCUGUAGGAGAGCCUCCGCUCUUCCUGGCCUCGUCCGUCUUCUUCGCCAUCAAAGACGCCGUCUCCUCUGCCCGGGCGGACGCGGGGCUGAAGGGCACGUUCCGCCUGGACAGCCCCGCAACGGCCGAGCGCAUCCGCAUGGCCUGCCAGGACCAGUUUACUGCACAGUUCCCUGCAGCUGAACCUGGAAGCUUCAAACCCUGGGCCAUCAGGCUUUAGGAGAGACUAUAUUUGAGACAGCUGUGGAACACUGAAGAAGAAAGCACGUCGGCAGAACAUACUGCACCUGAGCGAAACCCAGAUUUUUCACGGGUCUUCUUGAACGUUUGGUCAAGUUUGAAACAGAAUUUUGAUCAUUGCAGAUGAUUAUUAUUAUUAAUAUCUUUUACAACACAUUUCAAAACUGUAAACAAGAUCCUUAAAUACUACAUGAAUACAACCAGAAUGAAAUGUUUUGCAGAAUUGCUAUGCACAAUACAUUACGGAUUUUGUGCAGGUGCAGUACAUCCUACCGACACACAUGCAAUGCUGAAGAAGAUCUUGCAUGGGCCAGUGAUAGCAAUAGCAGUAUUGGGAAGAAUGUGUGGUCAAGGGAUCAAUGAUAUAUUAUAGAUUUUUGUGCUUAAAAGAGCCGUAUUCAUGUAGACUAAGAUACUAAUAGGUGUCAUUAUAAACAUAGUGACCUGUGAGGGCCUGCAUGGGGGGGGGGGGUGAUUACAAAUUACGCAAAAUUGACGCUGCCGAUUACGUAAGUUCUCUGAGCUGAUUACGGACAAUUAUAUGUAAGGCUAAUGUACUGAUUAUGAAUUACGAUGAUUUUGGGCAGCUGCCUACAGAUUACGAAGGUUAAGAGGGCAGGAUUACGACUUACAGAAUAGGGCAUGCAGGCCCUCACCUGUGUGUUGUGAUAAUCUGGGCAUCCUGUUACCAAAGUUGCAAGCAAGACUGUACUAUUUCUGUACUUUUGUUGAAAUUGUCAACCUUUUGGAUGCUAAAGAUGAAUGAAAAGUUUGAUACGAAACAAAUGUAAAGAGAUUGUGUGAAAUAAGCUAAAAGUUAGACACUUGAAAUUACUAGAAAUUAUUUUCUGAUAUUCUCCAGUGAGAUAAUAAAUACAUAAGCCAUUAUUAAUAUAGGAGUAAGGUUAAACCAUAAUAUAUACAUUGUAUUACAUUUGUGUAAAAUAUAGCAUGAUAAUUAUGAAAUCACGAGCAGCAACUUGGAAAGAUGAGAAAUUCUUAUAUGGAUGUGAGAAUUGUUAGCUAGUGAUCAGUGGGAAUGGAUUCAAGCUAAUAUGGCUGAGUUAUGUUUACUUUCUUCCAUGUGAUGGUGGGAAUAUUAUAUUCUUACCUGACAUGUUAAAAGCUAAUAUGAAGUUGAGUUGCUGUUAUCAGUGAGUAUGCUUGUGCCAUUUUGUCUUUGUGAUGCCAAGAUAGUAUUGAAUAGAGUCUAAUCAGAAAUUAUUGGAUAGAGAUCUGAGGUAUCUUUGCAGGCAAUGCAAGCAGAAAUGGUUGUCCUUACAUUGCAACAUUGAAAUCGCAGUUCAAAUUGCAUCACAGAAACUAUUAUAAAUAUAUCUUUGUAAUGAUAAAUUGCUCAUUGUUGUGCUUGUUCUGAAUAUUUCUGCCACUGUAUGUUGAUUUCCAACUCACAUAAUGAUUCAGUGUAUGAAUAUAAGGAAAAAGCAAAACAC